AUGGAUCGAGGCUCCAGCAGUACGAGCGGCAGCACCAACACAUAUGCCUGGUUCACGCGCACGAUCCCUGCCUGGAGCGUCUGCUUCAUCGUGGUCAUGCUCGUCUUCUCCUUCCUCGUUGAGCCCUACGGCAAGAACGGAGCGAUCAGACGAUAUGACUCAGCAGCCACGCCUUGGCAACUGGUGCUCAGCGUCUAUACGGUGUUGCUCCAUAUCAUGUCCAUUGCCUUUCCCGCACGCGUGUGCUACGCUAUGGGCGAUGUGAUUCAGCAUAUCAAGAAGGAGUCGUCGACCCCGGUGAAAGAAAUUCCGAAGAGGCGGAAGACGCAGACGGUGAGGACGGAGAAAGGCAGCCAGACGUUUCCGGUGCCGUUGUUCGUGAUCAUCCUGCCGGCGUACAAGGAGGAUAUGCAUACGUUGGAGGAGACGUUGCGCGUGCUCGGGGCGCAUCCACAGGCGCCUCAUAGCUAUCACAUUUUUUUGGCAAUGGAGCAGAAGGAGGAGAAAUCCGACGUCAAGGCUCAGACGCUGAUCAAUACUUUCAGCAAGACAUUUUACAAGAUGAGCUAUACCAUACACCCGUUGGGCAUUCCUGGUGAGGCGCAGGGCAAGAGCAGUAACGAGAGUUGGGCCGCGAAACAAGCCUGCAAGGAUUAUCCUAAUGAGGCGAUCAAGCAGGAUGUGAUUGUGACGACAAUGGAUGCGGACACGCAUCUCUCCCCUCGAUACUUCCAACAGAUCGCGAGAUGGCACACAGACGCCCCGGAGACGAAGAGCACGACCAUGUAUGUGCCGCCUCUCGUGUUCGACCGAAACCUCCACCACGUACCAUUGCCAGUACGAACAGCAGACUUGAUGUGGGCCGGAGCUGGUCUUUCAAGCCUGUACAGCAGCUCCACAGUCUGCAUACCGACAUCCGUCUACUCGCUACCCAUGACGCUGGUCGAGCAUGUUGGUGGCUGGGAUACAGAUCCAGGAGCAAUUGGCGAGGACAUGCACAUGUAUCUGAAGUGCUUCUUUGCACUUUCAGGAAACUUGCACACACGCAUCAUAUACGCUGCGGCUAGCCAGUGCAACGUUAGUAGCGAUGUGAGAGGCAUCAGCGGGUACAUGGACGGCCUCAAUGCGCGGUAUGGACAAGCUUUGAGGCAUAUGUGGGGCUCGCUCGAUACCGGCUUCGCCGUACGACAAUUCUUCGCCAUGCUUGAGCGACACCGAAGAGCGAAGCUGGCACGUGUGGAUCUGCCCCUCAGCGCGCCAAAGUACGUCUGCGAUGCGCUCAAAGUGGUGCGCAAGGAGCUACUGACGGCCUGCAGCUCGAAUUGGACCGCCUUCUACACGAGCACGGGUCUCCACCGCUCCCUCACAGCAUCGGAGAAGAGCUCUACAAAAUCAACUUCAGCAAGCACGAAAUCCUCAUCGGACAACACGACUGACCUCAUACCCUUACAACCAAUCCACAAGAUGAACGUCCUAACCAUCUUCCUCCGCCUCUUCGAAGCCCACUUCCUACCUACCCACCUCGUGGUGAUCCUCACCACAAGCAGCAUCUUCACCCUGCUCACCCCCUCCUUCCUCGUCCCGGACGUCCUGGCCACCGCCCUCAACUUCUCCGGCUGGUGUCGCCUCAUCGGCUGGACCCUCAUGCUCGUCUUCUUCUGGCGCUACGAAUCCUACCAUAAACUCUGCGUCGCGCUGCGGCAGGAAGAGAUGCGGAAAGCGGGGAUGUUGGAGGAGAUGACGGAGAGAGAUGGGUUCAGUAUGCGGGUUUUCCAGGUCGGGGGGCUUUUGGAGGCUGGGCUGUUCCCGUUGGGCGGAUUCAUUUUUGGGGCGAUACCGGCUUGUCAGGCGGUGUUGAGUCAUGUGUUCACGGACCGGUUGACGUAUGUUGUUAGUCUGAAGCCGCAGUUUGAGUUGAAGAAGAGGUGGAAGAGGAGCAUUACGCCGUAA